AUGGCGGAUUUCUGCCGAUUCUUCGUCGCUGCAGGCGAAACGGGAAACCGGAGAACCCUGCAGAGACUGCGGGGCCUGCUGGCGAACGAAAGGGAAUCUUUUCGGAUAUGCAUACAGACUCUGAGCCAUCUGUUGGGGGUGCGGCUCAACGAACUCACCAGGUUCGACCGCAGCUUCGUCAUGAAGGAUGAUGUGGUGUCGAUUUACCUCUCCGGCGAGCUCCCGGAAAGCGUCACCGCGCUUCUGGCCGACCUGGACAGCGACCCGACGCGGAAGCACCAGGUCGCGUUGCAGAUCAGCAAGCUGCUCAAGGCCAGGCUACACUACGGACUGGAUGACGUUGUGCAAGUCCUUGACGGCGCACCGGCCAAGGACCUGUACAGCAGGAGCAUCGCCUGCCUGUUGCGGAUUUGCGUCUGUGCGCUCAAAGCGGAGUGCGACAUGCGGCGGGGCACCAAUUCGGCUACGGCGAAGACGCAGGUGAGCGUGGUGGAUGAGACUGGAACCUCGCUGUGCGAGGUACUGACUAGGUGUUGCAUCAUUCUCUGCAUUUUCGGCGCCCAAGAAUCAAACCUGUUUGACGACGUCAGGCAAGUCCAGGAGACCUUGCUCCGUCUGGUACCUGGGCCGUUGGCCCUGCACAUCAUCGCUGCUUUCCCGGUGGUGGCAUUCGACGGCGAGUGCCUGUUCACCCUACAUAACAGGCGCGUCUUUGUGGAGGCCCUUGCGGCAAUAAUGCCGGAGCUGCUAGAUCACAUCCUCAUCUUCAACCGCAUUGGGGCGCAGCAGGCAACCCGGAAGAGGGAGAGACGCCGCAGCAGGGAUGAUGGGAAGGGCGCAGGUCGGAAGCGUGGCGGUGCUUCAAGGAGGGGUGCAUCCAAUUCCGUAUCUGCAAUGUCGCCUGCGUCUAUCCUGGACGCUACGUUGCAGGGUAUAAAGUGGGGAACUAAGGUCGACGCGUACGGCAAACGUGGUGGCGGCCGUUCCGGCGACGGCAGGCGCCAACUGAGUACCAUCCACAUCGACACUGAGGGUUGGGAAUUCGCGUUCGGCAACAUCCCGCGUGUCAGGACGCUAUCGCUGCUCCUGGAGUUCAUCAUAAGAUUCGUGAAGAUAUCCAGAGACGGGAAGGUGGAGAAACAGAUGCUGGGGUGGCUUGACGCUCUGGUCUCCAAGCCCAGCUUCAAGCAAACCUUUGCCCCCAUCUUCUCGAUGGGCAGCACCGACAACUUCGACAAUAUCCUGCAGCUGUCUCGCAUAUUGGGGAAGGACAUUUUCGUAUCGCACACGAUCCUCAGUGUGGGUCGUCCCGCGGACGAAGCGCUGGACAUGGCCAAAGCGGCAGGGCUUGAACUGCUCACCUCUAAUCCCGAGUACGCGCGAAAAAUCCUGACGUUCUUGGUAGACGGCGUGGUCAGACGUCCGCGCGUGGCCAUCGAGUGUUGGUGCGCUUUGCUACGACCGCUGGUGUUGCCACGCGAGAGCAAGGAGAUCCACUGGCCGGGAAGGAGGAAGGUACCCGUGGCGCUGCUCGGCGUAAUCGAGAGGCUCAUUGGCGUUGUCGCCAAACACGCUCUCAUGCAGAAUUUCGGGGACGAAUGCCACCCGGACGAGGACAACGUGCACGCUUCCACUGCACGACAACUGCUGGUAAUGCUCAUAGCGUUGGUCGGCACCAAGAAAGCUGCCCCCAAGCUCACCCACGCGCUUGAUGCGGCGCACGAGGCGAUGGCAGAGACUGCCACAGUGGAAACUGUGCAGGUGAUGGAGUUCGGUAUUUUCUGUCUGUGGCUACUAAAUAUGAGCGUGAAUUCCGGGCGUAACAAGAAGCUGCUGGCGUUCGUGAAGCAAAUCAACGAACGUACGCUGAGCGAAGCGAUCGAAAUUCUGGAGGGCGCGACCAAGACCGGUUCCAUAAGGUCGCGUUUGGAGGCUCUGGAAAGGAUAAAGCGAGGCAUACUGGCGAGCAGGGUCAAACAGCAGGUGGGAAAUCAGGAGACCUGGUUCGACGACGUCCACUUAAACCAGCCUAAUAUUGUGAAAUGGAGGACCUACUACAGUGACUGUGCAGGGGAUAUGUUGCGGCAGCUGACCGAUGUUGUGCUGAAUCGGUUACCGGCCGUGGUGCCUGACAAGCCCCCGGAAAAACCUCCCGUUGAUGACAACCCCAAGCCGACGACGACUGGACGACGAAGGGGCCGGCCUCGCGUAGUCAAAGUGACUACCGAAGAUCGCAAUCACGUGACCUACGAUAGAAUGGCCAACGCCAUAGCGAACUACGUCAAGCGUGCCAAGCUGCUCCUGCGUUUGCACAAGCUCAACCUAACGAAGCAUGUUGAAGACAACGUUUACGCCACCAUUGUUGCGGUUAUGGCGCGUUUCAAAGUCCCGUUGAAUGACUGUGUCGAGAUGUUCGCGCUUAUGAUCGAUAGUUGCCCACCGCAGUUGCUCUACAAAGCCUGCAAAAGCAAGCUCCCACGCCUCACAAUCACGCUUCUGAAUGCCAUUUCGCUGAAUUUGGACGAUCGUCAUGCGGGUCUCAUCACAGCGGUAAUGGCCGGCGCGAUGGUUUCGUACAAAGCAAGCAGCCGCCGCACAAAGCUGCUGGCCGCACUGAUGCAUCUCAUUGCGAGAACGGCGGCAGCGCCGAGGCUUUUAGCGGAAUUGCUCGGAAGCGAUGCGAAGCUGUCAAGGGUGCAAAACUUCGUGGUCUUUGUAAACACCGUCAAAAUCAAAAGGGCGUAUUUCCUGGAGGCACGAGGCGCGAUGAACCUAGCACUGAUCGAGCGUUAUUUGCAAUACGGAACGGCUCCGGUCGAAGUCGCUAUCACCAAGUUCUUGCAACUUCAAAUGAGGCGUUUGAUGACAUCGCGAGCAGCGCGGUUCUCGAUAUCCAUGUACACCAAAGGCAAACGAAUACAAGAGAAGCCGGCUGCGAAGGGGCAGCUGAGCACCCUUGAUACGCUCGUUGUCAGCACGUUUCGGGUGUUCUUCGUCGUGAAUACGCCUCCGGAGACAGGGUGGCUAUCACGGCCGCAGGGAAACGUCAACGAUGUGUUCCACUGGAACCUGCUAGGCAGAGAGUACUACAUCGCCUUUAGUACCAUCGCGCUCCUCUUCAAUUGCUUUCACCAGCUCACGAACACCAAGUUCAUGUUUAUCGUCGAGCAUUUCAUCGGGGUGGCGGCGAGGAUCAACGGGGACACGCACGCGACAGCACGGCGGAGCAUACUGACAGACCACAGCCUUCUGCGCAGCGACGCCGUGGAGUACUUCUACCAGGUCUACGGUAACCUGGCAAGGCGGUUCAGGCUGAAACGCGCCAACAAAUUACAGAGAACGAAGGCUGCUUUGCAUCCAAACUAA